UGAUGGGGGGGGGGGUGAGGUGCAUGAUGGGAAGCUGGAGGGCUGAGCUGAUCUGGCCGGGGGUGGGUGGCUGCGCAUGGAGCCGCGGGCGGGGGACUGGAGGGAGCCCGCGGCCUUUUAUCUCCGGGGCAGCUGCCCAGGCGUGAGAGAAGGUGAUGGACUCCAUGAUGAAGCUGCAGAGGGUACAGCUGAAAUGCAAGAACCUGCACGAAUUCCUGCGGGGGCUGAGCCCGGGAAUCCUGGAUCGGCUCUACAACCACCCCGCCACCUGCCUGGCUGUGUUCCGUGAGCUGCCGGGAUUGGCCAAGAACUAUGUGAUGCGGAUGCUCUUCCUGGAGCAGCCCCUCCCCCAGGCUGCUGUGGCAUUGUGGGUAAAGAAGGAAUACGUCAAGGAGCAGGAGGAGAGCUCCGACGUGCUGCUGGGGCUGCGGCUCUGGCACACCCAGCUGCUGCCGGGGGGUCUGCAGGGGCUGGUCCUGAACCCCAUCUUCAAGGAGAACCUGCGCAUCGCCUUGCUGGGCGGGGGCAAGGCCUGGUCCGAUGACACCAGCCAGCUGGGGCCAGACAAGCACGCGCGGGACGUCCCGUCGCUGGAUAAAUAUGCCGAGGAGAGAUGGGAGGUGAUCCUGCAUUUCAUGGUGGGCUCCCCCAGCGCCGCGGUCAGCCAGGAUCUCGCCCAGCUCCUCAGCCAAGCCGGGCUGAUGAAGAGCAGCGAACCCGGAGAGCCCCCCUGCAUCACCUCCGCCGGCUUCCAGUUCCUGCUGCUGGACACGUCCUCCCAGCUCUGGUACUUCAUGCUGCAGUACCUGCAGUCCGCUGAGACCCGGGGCAUGGACCUAGUGGAGAUCCUGUCCUUCCUCUUCCAGCUCAGCUUCUCCACCCUUGGCAAGGAUUACUCGGUGGAGGGAAUGAGCGACUCGCUGCUCAAUUUUCUUCAACACCUUCGGGAAUUUGGUCUGGUCUUCCAGAGGAAGAGGAAGUCGCGGCGCUAUUACCCCACCCGCCUGGCCAUUAACUUGUCCUCAGGAAUUUCCGGCACCACCACGGACACCCACAACCAGGGCUUCGUCGUCGUAGAGACCAAUUACAGGGUCUAUGCGUACACAGACUCGGAGCUGCAGAUCGCGCUCAUCGCACUGUUCUCCGAGAUGCAGUAUCGCUUCCCCAACCUGGUGGUGGCCCAUGUGACCCGCGAGAGCGUCCAGCAGGCCAUCGCCAAUGGCAUCACGGCCGAGCAGAUCAUCCACUUCCUACGGACCAGGGCACACCCUGUGAUGCUGAGACAGACCCCAGUGCUGCCUCCGACCAUCACGGAUCAGAUCCGGCUCUGGGAGCUGGAGCGCGACCGGCUGCGCUUCUCCGAGGGCGUGCUGUACAACCAGUUCCUGUCCCAGGUGGACUUUGAGCUGCUGCGGAACCAUGCCCGGGACCUGGGCGUGCUGGUCUUCGAGAACCCGGCCAAGCGCCUCAUGGUGGUGACGCCCGCCGGCCAUUCCGACGUCAAGCGCUUCUGGAAGAGGCAAAAGCAGAGCUCCUGAGGGGACCCCGCACCCGGCCCCGAGGACUGGGCUGCCGCUCCCCGACAUCUGGUGCAGGGGGGGAUCCUGCUGCACUGAGUGUCCAGUGGUUACCUCAGGAAGCUCAGUGCAUCUCCAGCAGGGAAGGGGUUAAAUUGCAGCGCCUCCCCCUCACCCCUGCACGCCCUUUCCCCCAAACAGGAUCUCUCCUUUGGCAGAUCUCUUUCCAGCAGCGAAGGGGUUCAGUGAUGACAUGCCCCCCUUCCCCCCUGUGGGGGCUAACUGGUCCCAUCCCUCUGCAUCAGUUUUUGAGGGGCUACUUUGCUGAUCACCCCAGAACCCCUGGCUGGGGAUGGAGUUGGAUGCACCUUCCAAGAUGUGUGGGUCUUCUGUACCUUGAUGUCUGUGGGGGGAUCCAGGGCUGGGUUAUGCUCCUCAUGCCCCCCCACCCCCUCACCCCUUGAUGCUUUCCAGCAGCCAGAGGAGAUUCCUCUGGGGCCUUUCUCCCCUAGGGGGCGCCAGCUCCUAUCCUGCCCUAGGCCAGGGGACAGAGACAAAGCGACUGACCCUGCUUUUGCCGAUGGGUGUAAAUGAAUAACCUCACUGGAAUUAGUGAGGCUGAUUCCCCUCUCAGCUGGUGUAAAUCUGAAGUAACUAAAUUGAAGUCACACCUGAUUUGCUCCAGUGGCAACUCUAUGCACGGAACUGGAGUGACCCGAUUCACACUGGCCGACCGGAUCAGAAUCCAGCCCUGACUCUACUGCCAUCGAUGGGCUGCCCUGGAUUGACACCGCGCUCAGCAUCCAGCCGUGGCUCCAGAGGGUCUCUGGAUUUACACGAGGGGAACAGGAGAAUCCAGCCCAACACCUGUAAAUAGUUUUUUGUAACUGUUGAGAGGGAACUGAAUAAAGCUCCCAUUUGAAAGUUUUGUA